CGUUACACUUGAAAACAAAUCUAUAUAUAACAAAACCUUCCCUCAAAUUUUUUUUCAAUCCUCUCUUCCACUUAAUCACUCACUUUACAACCAAAUAUCCAAACAGAAAAAAAAAAUUAAAAAAAAAAUUGAGAAAAAAAAAUGGGUGAAGAAGUUCAUAUUCAAAAUCAACAACAACAAGAACAAGAAUCCUUUUUCAUCCCAAAUUCUUCAAUCUCUCACAAACAAAAACAAUCCAUUAUUAUUCCAGCUUCAUCAAUGCUUGAUCUUGAUCAUCAUUGUAAUCAUAAUCAUCAUCAUCAUCAACAAGAACAAUCAAUUAACAACAAUAACAACGAUUUUUCAUCAAUGCUGCAUCUCAACAGCACAACUUCAACCUCAACUCGCCACCGUCAACCAAACUCCUCCAAACGCCGUUCACCGCCGUCAUCUUCAACCGCAGUCGAACGAAGCUCCAAGAAGCAAUCUUGUGACCAAGAGGAUCUUACACGCAAUGGCUUCUCCGCCAUUUCGCUUCCUAUUAGUCUAUGUAACGCUCAUGUUCUUCGUCGGUGUGUUUCCGAUCCGUGUAAGACGACAGAGGAGACUACCUCGACUCUGGGAAGAGGGUCGGGGUUGCCGCCUCUGCCGCCGCCAAUGAAUUUAAGGAGGUGUGUGUCUGAUGUUAUUCCUUUUAAGGUUAAAGGUGUUUCGAGUUCUGAAGAAAUUACUCCUGAUUCAAUGAGGCUUAAAAGGAUGAAGGAUCGUUUGAAAGAAAUGAGGCAGUGGUGGGAUGAAGUUAUGAAAGACGAGGAACAAGAAGAAGAAAAAGAAAAAGAAAUAGAAGAAGAAGAAGAGCACUCUCCUGUUGAUGAUAAUGAUUAUGAUGAUGAUAAAGUCCUAUCUCAGGAUGAAUUGGUAGAAGAUAUUGAAGAAGCUGUGAAAGUAGAGUGGGCUGAAAAGUGUUUAAGUCUCACUUUUAGGUGUCCAUGUGGAAAGGGGUAUGAGGUUCUAAUAUCUGCAAACAAAUGUUAUUACAAGUUGGUGUAGAUGAAUUAGUAUGUGUGAUUCCUUUAGAUUUAGGGAUCACUUUUGUUUUUAUUAUUUUUUUAGUUUGGCAAAGUCUUUUCUGUUGUCAUAUAUGUAGCAUUUGGUUGUCACUAGAAUCAAUGUAUAAUUGUAUAUCACAUAUGUUUUGUAAAUAAACUGUUGUGUACUAUCUCAACACUCUUCCAAGGAAAUGAAAGAAACUAUAUUUUGUACCAUUUAUCAA